UCCCCCAGUAGGGUGCAAGGAAAACGUCAGAAACAUUGCAACUGUUUUCCUUGACAGUGACCAUCCGAAUCAAGUUUGUUGUGAAAAUUGUUAGGAUGUUGCUGAAGGAAAUCGCUCGUUUUUCAUUGCAACAUCGCACUCUCUACUGUUAUUUUAUAUUAAGCAUUUGGAUUUUUCUACUCAUUGCAGGAAUGUACAAAUACAUAGGAUCUAUCGAGGAUAGCAAUAGUGUUUUGAGUUCAAAAAAUUUCCUUUAUAAAAAACAGCAAUCGCUAUUGGAAGAACAAGAACGGAUUCGUACGAAAAAGAUUAACGACGACGUGUGUAACCAUCUUCCGAGGAUUGGAAUAGGAGAAGAGGGAGGUGCCCUUGAUGGGUGGUCCUUGCAAGGUGUGCUGCUAGUAAUACACCAUGGUGACCGUGGUCCAAUGACACACGUUCGUGGCAUUGAUUCGGUUGACUGUAGCCACGAAGGUGAUACUGUGCUAGCGAAAUAUUAUAAUUAUCUUACAAACAGUAGUUCAAGCACAGCGGUAGGUCAUUGGAUGAAAUCUGGUCCAUUUCAUGGAUUCCCUUUGCUUCCGUCCAGUUCAAAAGCGUGCCAAUUGGGGCAGCUAACACAAAAAGGAAUUGCUCAAUUGUUGCGGGUUGGCGACGUUAUUCGCCAAGCAUUUGUUAAUCCGUUAUCGUUGUACACUAAAUCUCCGGUGCAAACCAGGACCACUCCGUUGAAUUCUUCCGAUACAACCAGCAUUCCAACUGUUUAUAAUACCGAUGAUAUUGUGAUUUACUCUACUCGCUAUCGACGAACAUUCCAAUCAGCUAUGGCUUUGAUGUUCAGCGUUGUGCCACCCGAGAAAUGGCAAUUCCUUCAAAUUCAAGAAAGUCAUAGUUUAUCGUUCUGCUUCGCUGAUUGUGCCUGUCCUCAAGCAGACAAUCUCAAAAAACAAUUGGAUAAGGAAAGUAAACUAUCCUUGGGAACCCAUCCAGCGAUAGGAGCUAUCGUACAGUGGAUGGGAACUACUUUGCUUCAGACUCAACCCACAGUCGGUCAGCCUAGUCCACUAGAAGUUCGAGAUGCCGUUUUGGCACAUAUCUGCCAUGAUGCUCCACUGCCAUGUCGAAAAAUUUCUUUGAACGUUAAAGAGCAACAUGAGUCUAGUAGGAGUACAAGUAGUAGCACCCAAGAUCCACAAGAUGUAAUAAACAUCGAUCAGGAUGACAGUUCCAUUGUUUUCAACCAGCCGAGUCAAACAAACACUGAAGAACCCGAUGACGUAGACCCCACUGGGGAGCAAGAACCGGAAAUUGAAGGAUGCGUGGAGAAGAGUCAUGUGGCAGCACUGAUGUCCUAUACCCAAUGGUCAGGAUUGCGCGAAUGGAAAAAUUUGAAAAUGCGUCAGCAAGGGCUGCUAAGAGCCUACGGAUUCUUACGUAAUAUCGUUGGAUACAUGCUUAAGAUGAUUUCAGGUGAUAAGGUCAAAUUUGUACUUUAUUCUGGUCACGAUAAAAGCAUGGAAUUUCUGAUGGCUGCCCUUGGCUUAUCCACGGAUACACCAUUUAUUUCGUACGCUUCACGGAUUAUUUUUGAGGUGUACAAAAGUGAUAAGGAUACUCAGUAUUACUUCCGAUUGUUAUACAAUGGCCAAGAUGUAACUAACACGGUUGGUGUAUGCGAAGGUGGCAAAAGUCUGAGUGUUCCUCGUGGUAUACGAGGAGAUAGAGCUAACCUCUGUCCUAUCGAAAAUAUCAUACGGUUCCUUCACGACGAUUAUUUUUUACCGUUAAACGCAACUAAUUUUAAGGACGCUUGUUUAGCGCAGAAGGACGGAUAUUUCUAACUUUCGGAAUAGCAAAUUGUUAACUUUCCACUAUCAGUUUUGAUCUGUGAUAAAAUGAAGCAUUUAGUUUACUUUUUAUAGUCGCUUCCUUCUUUGAAAAUACAUUGAUAAAAAAACCCAAGGGCAAUACAAGUAUUAAGUUGAACCAAAUUAUGCAUAUUUUGCUGGAGCUCGUAAUUCGAAUUGUCUAAUUGCAAAUGAUCAGCACCAACGAUAAAAUAUAUAAAUACAAUCAGUCAGUAGGUAAAACGAAUCAUUUGCAAUUAGAUCAAAACGUGUGUCUGCAUACCCAUGAUUGGUUAGAAUAAAAUAUUAAAACGAAGCAAAAUAACUAAACAAAAAAAGAUAACUUCAUUUAGGGGUUUUACUUAUUUUACGUUUUGUCUUCGACUCAAGUUUCUGCUAUUUACAAAACACUUUAUGUUAGCUUAGCGGUUUAUGUUGAACCGCGAGAUGGUAAUAUCAGUGUUUCAACAUAAACUGCUGUAGCACUGUAGUACGGAUGAGUCGAAGACGAAACAUAAAAUAAUUAAAAUCAUAUCUUGUUCAUGAAGAUUGAAACUUUCCGUUAAAUGUACUUUCCAAUCAAUGUUUGGUCUCAUGAUGUUUUAGUUAAGUAUACUUAUCAAAUCUUUCAGGACAAGCCUAAUUAGAACUGAUCGCUUAUUUGUUCCAGGCUAAAGUACCGCAACAUAUCAAUUUUCAUUUUUAUACUGAAUAAAAGAUAUUAAAUAUAUUUACAAAUAUCACUGGAUUUGUUAUUAGUAGUUAUACUGAUGAGGCCAAUAAAUGUAUGUAAAGUGAAAACAAACUGAAAUCUUUCAUUUGUUCGCAAAUUUUAUUGAGGCAUAUUAUUUGUGACGGUUUUGUCUCCAUAAUUGAUGAUUGAAAAUGACUUGCGAAUGCUUGUAUGUGACUUACGUUUACAAAAUUAACAAAAGAAUCACUCACAGUACUGGUUUACUACUCUAUCUAGUGUCAUUUGUAAAACACACUCUAAAAUCGGUAUUUCCACACUUAUCAUCUAGUAAUUCCAGAAUCGGAAGUCAGUUGCGGAUAAAAUUUAAU